CCUGUGCUUGUUACACUCUCAUGCCCAUGUUUGCGAGUAAUCUUCUAAGACCCUGGCCUCCGUUCGUCUCCUCCUCCACACAAGUAUGAGAAGCCUCUCUCUCUCUCUCGCUCUCAAGUCAAAUGGGAAACGAAGAGAAAGGAGGCAUUGGUUCAUGGAGUUGAGAUUAUUCUGGAUCCCAAACAGCAGCUUCAGAUAUUCUGGAAAAGAGGGACUUUUAAGGAACAUAAGAAGUCAGCACUAAGUCGCAGCUCAAGCAUCAAAUUCUUCAAUUUUUUUUUUUCAGCUUCGCUGCCGCAAUAGGGAAGGAAUAUAUAACGACAGAAAGCCUUUAAGACGGACUGAAUACCACUCACAGCUCCAAGGGCGCACCGGAAUGAUGGAUGCGGAAGGCCAGCAAAGCCACCACCCCAAGGACCCUCAAAUGAGCAAAGCCCUGAAGAGGGCCCUCGUCGUCCUCAACUGCCUCCUCCUCUUCGUCGGCGACACCGGCGGUCCGCUCCUCUCCCGCCUCUACUUCCGCCACGGCGGCCACCGUCAGUGGCUGGCCAGCUGGCUCGAGACCGGCGGCUGGCCCCUCAUCCUCCUCCCCCUCUUCAUCUCCUACCUCUACCGCCGCCGCCUCGCCUCCGACCACCACCACCCCACCAAGCUCUUCUUCCUCACCCCUCGCCUCUUCCUCGCCUGCGCCGUCCUCGGCCUCCUGACCGGCACCGACGACUUCCUCUACGCCUACGGGCUCUCCUUCCUCCCUGUCUCCACCUCGGCAAUACUCAUCUCUACUCAACUGGCCUUCACGGCCUUCUUUGCCUUCCUUAUUGUGAAGCAAAAGUUUACGCCUUAUUCUAUAAACUCUAUUGCUUUGCUUAGUGUGGGGGCGGUGAUCCUGGGCCUCCACACGAGCUCGGACCGGCCGGAUAACGUGAGCCAAGGGCAGUACUUGAUGGGGUUCUUUCUGACGCUGGGGACGGCGGCGCUCUACGGAUUGGUACUGCCGCUGGUGGAGCUGACGUACCGGAAGGCGAGCCAGGUGAUCACGUACACGCUGGUGAUGGAGAUGCAACUGGUGAUGGGGUUCUUUGCCACAGCUUUCUGCACCAUUGGAAUGCUGGUGAACAAGGACUUUGAGGCUAUUCAGAGGGAGGCAAGGCAAUAUGGACUAGGGGAGGUUAAAUACUAUGUGGUGCUCGUCUGGUGCGCAAUCUUGUGGCAAUGCUUCUUCUUAGGCACCGUAGGAGUCAUCUUCUGUGUCAAUACCUUGCUCGCUGGAAUUAUCAUUGCAGUGCUCAUUCCCGUGAUCGAACUCUUUGGUGCCAUCUUCUUACAUGAGAAGUUCACCAGCGAGAAGGGCGUCUCCCUGGCCCUCUGCCUUUGGGGUCUAGCUUCCUACUCUUAUGGAGAAUACAGAGAAAAUAAGAAGAAGAAGGAAGCAGCCCUUAAGGCUCAAACUACUGGACUUACAAGGGGCGGUUGAGGCAAGAGUAAGUAUGAAUAUAUUUGUUCUUUCUUGUUUCCAGUGCAAACGUAGCCCAAAAUCUUCACUGUUUCUCAGUAAAGACUUGAAACAGUGUGCAAGGGGGCAUGAUAUCACUCUCUCUGGAUGGUAUGUGAAUCACUUAUUUGUGCAGGCCUAGAAUUGUAUGAGCUUGAAGUUUCUAUAUUAAAUUAAGCUUAUUGGAAA